AUGGCCGUCUUUGAUUCUGGGCAUCUGCAGAGUGAUUCUGAAGAGGAUGUGGGGGAGCAUUCUCAAGAGCAGAGCUUCUCAGACAAGCUGUUCAGUGGAAAGGGCUUGCAUUUUCAGCCAGCAGCUCUGGAUUUUGGAAUGCAGUCCCUCGGACAGCCAGCAGCAAAGGUCCUCUAUGCUUACAACCCUAGCCGGGAGAGCGAGGUGGUGGUGAAUUCAGUGUUCACAGCUGCUAGACAUUUUCAUGUGCCUCCUGUCCAUUGCAGGGUAAUUCCAGCAAUGGGGGAAACUUCCUUCAGAAUUAUUUUCUUACCUACUGAAGAAGGAAGCAUCGCGAGUUCUUUAUUUAUUAAUACCUCUUCACAUGGAAUCCUUUCCUAUCACGUAUCUGGAACCGGGGCUCGCAGAACCUCUGCUGAAGAGUCUGCAGAACCUCAGCCCAGUGCUUACUUCCUGCUCCCUCAGGUCCAGAGCAUUCAGCUUUCACAGACACAGGCAGAAGCCACUAAUACUAGCCUGUUGCAGGUACAACUGGAAUGUAGUUUACAUAAUAAAGUAUGCCAGCAACUAAAGAGUUGUUACCUGGAGUCGGAUGGUGUUUUGCGGCUGCAGAUGAGCAUGAUUGUAACCAUGGACAGUUCCUCAAAAGGCUUGGAAGAGAACACACAGGGUUUGUUAGACCAUCUCUCUAUUGUUUGUGUAGCAACUGAUCUACCUGAGACCUCAGACAAUUCUGCAGUAGAUAUGUACAUUUUACAUUCAGGAAGCAGUCUGCUGUGGAUCCAGGAUGUCCAUCAUUUCUCACAGAGAGACACCCUGUCUCUGAAGUUCGAACCAGUGCUGCUACCCAUGUCUGCCACAAACUUUACGAAAAUCGCCUCCUUCCGCUGCCAAGCUUCAUCAUGUGACAGUGGAAGUAGUUCCACAGAAGAGGCGAAGAGAACACAGAGCAUUGCGACACUAAAAGCCUGCCUGGCCUCACCUGUGGUUCAGGGGUAUUUCAGACUGGACCCUGCAGCGGCCCAGUUUCACAUGGAGACUCACAAGAACGCGUCAGGAGUCUGGUCCAUGUGGUACUUCAAUCUCUUUGACCGCCGUAUCGUAUUCAACAAUGCAUUUGUUUCCAGGGAGACCAAGCACAUUGUAAAGGGAGGCUCACUGAGAUGGAAGCCAAUGUUUUCUGUCCCCUUUAGUGCAUUAGGAUUUUUAUGUGGAGUGUUGUGUUGUAAGUUAUUCAUAUAUUACUUUUCAAUCUAGGAAGGGAGUCUGGGUUUUGAAGUGAUAGCACAUUGUGGCAUGCAUUAUUUCAUGGGAAGGUCACAGACAGAAAAUCCUGAUUGGCAAAGGAGCCUUUCCCUGGAUCGAUCAACCUGGGACGUGGAUUUCGAGCUUGCGAAUAAACUGUACGAACGAUGGAAGAAAUUAAAGAGUGGCGACACCUGCAAGCGGAAUGUUUUAGGAAUGACUCGCUUUGCCCACUCGAAGAAAUCCAAGGAGUCAGAACCCUUCCUUUCCUUUUUGCCGCGUCUCAUCACAGAGCCCAGCCUCGUGUUAAACUUCAGUGCCACCGCCCUGAGGAACAGCGCGGUGAAGUACUUUGUCGUGAAGAACCCCUCCUCUCGUUAUGCACCUGCUAUGUCUUCAGUUAUGGUGUCGGGAAGGUUUGGGAUUGAUACGCAGACGAUAAAUCUCACAACUGGGGAAUUCCAGCUCACCAAGGCUUGCCCUUCCUGGGGUAUGCGGUCUGAGGAAACCCGGUUGGGCACCCUGCACUUACGCCUGCAGCCCUUGGAGAGGAGACGGGUUGGUGUUGGGUUCACCCCUGCAGACUACGGAAGAGUGGCCUCCCUCAUACUCAUCAGGAAUAACUUGACCGUUAUCGACAUGGUGCGUGUGGAAGGGUUGGGAGCGAGAGAGCUGCUGAGAGUGGGUGGGAGACUUCCUGGUGCUGGAGGCUCCCUGCGGUUCAAGGUGCCCGAGUCUACACUGAUGGACUGCCGGCGGCGACAACUGAAAGACAGCAAGCACAUUUUAUCCAUUACGAAGAACUUUAAAGUGGAGAACAUGGGGCCUCUUCCGGUUAUUGUGUCAUCCAUGAAGAUUAAUGGGUAUAACUGCCAGGGGUAUGGCUUCGAAGUGCUGGAUUGUCAUCCGUUUUCCCUGGAUCCCAACUCCUCCCGGGACAUCAGCAUUGUGUUUACGCCAGACUUCACCUCUUCCUGGGUCAUCCGGGAGCUGACCCUGGUCACUGCUGCACACCUGGAAUUUCACUUCACUCUCAACGUGACCCUCCCGCACCACCUGCUGCCCUUGUGUGCAGAUGUGGUUCCCGGGCCCAGCUGGGAGGAGUCAUUCUGGAGGCUCACGGUGUUCUUUGUCAGUUUGUCCCUGAUGGGGGUGAUUUUAAUAGCCUUCCAGCAAGCACAGUACAUUCUUAUGGAAUUUAUGAAAACAAAGCAGAGGCAAAAUUCUAGCCCUUCUUCACAGCAAAGCAGCAGUCCGAUGGAUGCGGUCAGCCCCCUUUCUCACAAAAGCAAUUGCAAGAAUUUCCUCGAUGUCUAUGGCCCUUCGGAUAAAGGCCGGGGCAGAAGCUGCCUUCCAGUAAGCACUCCUCAAAGCAGGAUCCAGAAUGCUGCCAAGAGGAGCCCAGCAACCUACGGCCAUUCUCAGAAGAAGCACAAGUGCUCAGUGUAUUACAGUAAACACAAAGCCAGCGCGCCUCCCGCCAGCAGUGCCAGCACAGCUACUGAGGAAAGACAGACUGCCGCUCCAGGCAGCGCCCUCUCGGCUGUGAAGGAAGACGUCUGCACUGACGUCACGGCUGAGAACUGGAUGACCCUCAAAUACACGAGUGGCAUGAAUGCCAGCCUGCAAAAGAACCUAGCCCUUCCCCAAAACCUGUUGCCUAAAGAAGAAACCCCACCGAAAAGAACAGUGGUGGCCAGUAAUGCUUCUUCAGAAUGCAGUAUGAAGGAAGGAGGACAGACAUGUAUGUUUCCUAAGGAAACGGACAUUAAAACUUCAGAAACGGGAGCGGAGCUCAAGCAGCGUGAGCUAUGCCCUCUGAAGACCCCGAAGAAACUACCUGAAAAUCACCUGCCCAGAAGCUCACCGCAGCACCACUCAGACUUGCCAGAAAUCCCCAGGACAAAUAAUGGGAGUAGCCAGCAAGUGCCGGCGAAGCAUGAAGCGGACCAUUGUGAACUGCUGAGAAAGCCGAGUGGUGGGAAGGCUUCCUCAGAGAAGCAGACUCACAGGGCAUCGAAAGACGAAGUGUGUCCCGAGAAACAGGACGUGCCUUCGGCCGAGCAAGAAGAUCCUUCUAGGAAGAAGAAGCUUCAGGAGAACAAGGGAGGAAACACACAAAAUUUAAAUUGGAAUAAAAACCGGACAUGUCGAAAAAACAAGAAAAAGGGAGUUACUCCAACCUCCAGGCCCCCGGAACACGGCGAGCUGAAGCUUGUGUGCAGAGAACUUGAAAGGCCUGAGCUGAGCGGUGCUGUGGCGAUCAGAAGCUGGUGCGUGCUGGAGAACCCUGGGGAGACCAGGCGAGCAACUGCCGAGCGUGGAAGUGGGCCUGCUGCGCAGGGAGAGGCAGAGGGUUACUACCGGCAGCCCGAGAAGAAAUGCGUGGAAAAGUUCUGCUCAGAUUCUAGCUCGGACUGCGGCAGCUCCUCGGGGAGCGUGCGAGCCAGCCGGGGCAGCUGGGGCAGCUGGAGCAGCACCAGCAGCAGCUCCGACGGGGACAAGAAGCCCGCCUCGGCCCCGCAGCACUUCCUGCCCGCCGGUGAGUGCCACUCGGGCCCCCAGGGUCUCUGGGACCACCCUGUCCUGAAGGGCUCCUGGGCGCCCUCUCAGGAGCCCCAGCUUGGGAGAGCAUGUGCACAGCACAUUUGA